AUGCAAUGUUGUGAUAAUUGCAAUAAAAUGCCACGAGAUCAAAAAUUUAAUAAAUUACUUAAUUUACUACAUCAAUCAGUUUCUUCAGCUGAGCAACUUAUUCACACAUCACUAGAAAUAAUGAAUUUGAAGCAUCUAAUGGCACCAUUAUCACGUGCUUCAGUCGAAUAUUUCGAUCAAACGUAUCAUGUUAUUGAUCAAGUUGCUCAGUUCUACUUAUCCAUGUGUGAUCAAGUUCAUGAUCUUACCAGUUUCGUUCCAGUUGAUUCCACAGGUGGUGGAAGUGGCAGUUGUUUAUACAGUUCAAUACUUAUACUAAUGCCAUCAUUAAAUAUCACGACAGUCGAACUUCGAGUUCGAACUAUUUUAGAAUUGAUUAAUAAUCAAAACUAUUACGAGUUACACUGUAUGAACACUUGCGGUCCUCUUCACGAAUAUCUCAAAAAUGCAUGUAAAAAAUCUGAUUAUUCUGAAUUAUAUGAAAUUGUGGCACUUUGUAACGUAUUGCAAUGUGACAUACAAUCUGUAUAUCCACAUAUCGAUUAUGGCUCAUAUCUAGAUGUAUUCAACUACACUUACGGCCCAUCAACAAUGUUAGCAGGACAAAAUAAAGUGAGACUUCUAUGGUCAAACACACAAUAUCCAACAGAAUACAAAAAGCUAGCUGCACGAACAACUUGGAGUCCUAAUCAUUUUGUACCCCUUGUUCCACGGAAACCAAACACUCAGUCGCAAAUAUCAAUUCUUCCAGCACCUAGUCGUUUUGGAAGCGAACUAUCAAACAUUACAUCGUCAAAGGGAAAUAUGAUAAAUUCAUUGCAAUCAUUACCAAGUUUAAACCAUUUUUCUAUCGAUAAAGCCGAUGAACGAAAACGGAAGGAACGGGUACGAAAACAACUGAAACGACAAAACGAAAACAUCGAAGAGCGUACUGCUCGAUUAACAUCAGCUAAGCUUCAUGCAAGAGAAGUUCGUUCAUUAGAGAACGACGAACAACGUAAUGCUCGAUUAACAUCAAUUUAG